AUGACCGGCUCUUCACUUCCAUACGCUGCCGAUGCGGAAAGUCCGCUGAAGCCUGCUGAGCUGCAAGUCUUAAGGUCGCAGUACGAGAAGGAGGGAGAGUACGUGGGCGUGCAGACGAAAUUCAACUUUGCUUGGGGCCUUAUCAAGUCCAACACCCGCGCCGAUCAGCAAGAGGGCGUCCGCCUCCUUUCAGACAUCUUCCGCAGCUCGCCCGAACGCCGCCGCGAAUGCCUCUACUACCUCGCGCUGGGUAACUACAAGCUGGGCAACUACGCAGAAGCGCGGCGGUACAACGACCUGCUGCUUGACAAAGAGCCAGCAAACCUGCAGGCGACUAGUUUGAGAGGAUUAAUCGAUGAUAAGGUUGCGAAGGAAGGGCUGAUGGGCGUGGCGAUCUUGAGUGGUGUUGCUAUCGCGGCCGGGGUUCACAGCCUCUUCUCCUUGCCACAACCCCCGGGACCUACGUUCACUGUUCUUCUCGACACUCCUUCACACCACAUCUUCUUGACACCGGCAACCUCUCACACCGACCUGGCGGACUUUAUAUCAACCAAACCAAGCUACUUACUUUGGAUUGUGCCAUCUGGCCACGAAACAUCCUUCACUGUGGCGUUCAGAGCACUGCAGCUGACGGGCCUGGCACUGAGCCUCGGAAUCACUGCCCUAGCCGCAUAUCAAGGCAUUCGAGACGCCAUGGCAGAGAACCCGGGGAGAGCAGGCCGCGGGGGCGGACGUCUGGAUGCGUCGGGCCCAAGAGAGGUGGUGUUUUGUCAUCAGUGCGAGCAUGAGUGGUGGCGGGAUCAGAACGGGUUGGCGUGUCCGAGAUGCGAGGGGGAGAUUACGGAGAUUGUAACCACAGAGAGCGAUCCUCGACCCGAGCAUUAUGGCCAACCUCCACCAGUCGACGGUGGCUGGGGAGGACGGCAUAACCCUGUCGAGAUCGACUCCGAUCCAGAGGAGGCAGAUAUCGAGGAGCAUGUCACACAUGGGCCAGGAGGCUCUGUGAUGUUUUCCAGAACAUACAGAUCUACCGCCCCAGGUCCUAGAUUUAUCGCGACUCACAUUCGCAGAACCGGUCAAGAUGACAAUCCAGAUCCUAUCAUGCGGAAUUUCCAGGACUUGAUCGGUAGCUUCAUGGGCCCUGAUUUCCGACCUGGACCAGCAGGCAGAUCUGGAGUCAACACUCUAUUUCCCCAGCCACCUGAUUUCGGUAGCGGAUUCCGAGGAGGUAAUAAUGGGCCAGGACCAGCUAUCGUCGGCGGACACUAUACAUUCGUGAACGGAAACCUGGUUGGUGGCGAGCCUUUGCAGCCAAGAAAUGCAGAUGGACCACAGCAAGCGGGAGGCCCGAUUGAUCUAGCCACGUACGCAAUUCCUCUCAACCCCAAUUUUCCCCAUGGCCGUGCCUUUCAUGUUAUUAGACUCAGAGCAUCUCCUGACCAGCUUGCCAGACUCCUCGGAGGCGUGUUCGGCCAACAAAAUGGUCCGCAAAACGCUGCUGGUAUGCCUCCUGGCCUUCGUGGUCUCUUCGCUGCUAUGAUAAACCCUGUCAAUGCUCGUUCGGGAGAUGCUGUCUACUCUCAAGAAGCUCUAGAUCAAAUAAUCUCUACAUUGAUGGAGCAACAAUCUACAUCCAACGCACCCGGUCCCGCAUCACCAGACGCCAUCUCCUCACUCCCAAAGAAGAACCUAGAUGAGAAGGAACUCGGUCCAGAAGGUAAAGGCGAGUGUAGCGUAUGUAUGGAUGACGUCACGUUCGGCACUGAAGUCGUAGUCCUACCUUGCUCGCACUGGUUUCACGAGACCUGUGCUAGCGCCUGGCUGAGCGAGCACAACACCUGUCCCAUAUGCAGAAAAGGCAUUGAGAACUCAACCGCCGAAUCCGCAUCUCAAUUCCGACGUCCUAGUCAGAGUAGUCCGACAACCCGCAACGGAGCCCGCGCUCGCCGACUCAGCAAUAACAGACCGCGAUUGGACCGCUUCAACUCGUCUUCGACGCGGGAAGCGAGACUAGACUCUAUCCGCAACAGUGGUCGCUUGUCGCCUACCAAUACUGGAGAGCCACAAAAUGAGAGAGGAAAUGGGCCCGAUAUGGGUGUGCCGCGGUGGGAUGCCGAUACAGGUGCACCUCGGUUCACUUGGGGUCAUGAGUUUAACCAGCCGCCUCCGCCGCCGCCGAGGAGACGGGGAACGGAUCGCUCAGAUAUGAGUGAGACGCAAAGAGAUAGUCGGAGAGGCUACACGAAUACUGCGGAGUCGCGGAGGUCUUCGAACUCUGCUAAUAGCACCGGUGGCGGUAACGGUGGUCCUAUGGGGUGGUUACGGGAUCGGUUUGGGGGUGGGGGUCGGAGGGACUGA